GUUCGGCGUCGUCCAAAAACUCAGAACGUCGAGGAUCGCUCGAUUGCUCGGAACGAGAACAGCGAUCGGUUAUCCAGUGUUCGUUGGGGGAUCGGUGGUCGACGGGAAUUAGAUUCUAUCAGAGAGGAUGAUGGUGUCGGCCGGCAAGGAUUCGCGGGUUUUUCGCGCAUGUGGCGCGUUGCUGAUCGUUUUCGGGCUUGCGAGCGGCAGCGAUCUCGCGCAGAGCCCCUCGCCGUCGAUCGAGUACAAGGAAGGGAACGCGACCGUGGUCAAGUUGGAGAAGACGAUCGGGACGGUGAUCGACGAAGGGAAACAGCCCCUUGCGAGGGACGUUGUAACGUCGGCGCCGACGAUCGCGUCGAAAUCGGUCAAGGGCGUCGGUUGGAAAAUCGGUCGGGCGAGCUCGCAUCGAGACAGCUAUUUGGAGGCGUUGAGCCAUUCUCGCACCAGCUCGGAUCCUCGAGAGGGUGUCGUGUCGGCGGACGGAACGGGACCUGCUCAGCGCAGGAAGGAGUACGCGGGUCCCGUUUACACGGGUAAGGAUUCCGAAAUCGGUGCGACCCAUCCACGGAUCGUUUACGGUUCGCCGGACCGGGACACCUUCUCGAUGGUGCCCAGCAAUUCGUACAGCCUUCCCACCAGAGGAUCCGCGGACUUCGCCGGGUUCCAAAACGCUUACGGGCAAUCGCAAUCGUACCCGCAAUCGUACCCGCAAUCGCAACCACCCCGAGCAACCUACGGCGCACCGAGCCACAGCUACCCUCCGACGUCCUACGAAUACUUGCCGCCGCAGCAAGGUGAGGGAAGAGCUUAUGGACCACCGGCGCCCACCUAUGGGGUGCCCCACGGAUCGUCCGAAACCCCGUCGUUCGUGCUACCAACGAUAGACUUCUCCUGGCCGUUCGCGCUCAAGCUGAAUGCCUUCACUUUGGCCAAGAUUCUGCUAAAGUUGGUGAUCUUCAAAAUGAUCGUCAAGUUCAUAGCCGUGAUAUGCCUGCUGCUCUUUAUUCCGAAGCUCGAGAUCAAGAAGAAAGGAAACAAACCGAUGAACAACAACGACGACGACGACGACGACGAUGACGAGGGUCGACGAUCGCUCGAUGGUAAUCCGAGGUUUUGGAGACGACUGAACGAGCUGGCUGCGUUCGCGAGCGACGCGCUCGGGGAGUACGAGAGUUUGAACAACGUGGAUCGAUCAGGGACAGUGUCCCGAAGCUCGCGGGGACAGCUUCUCGGCGAAACCUGGUACGACUACUCUCGCCUGCUGCAUAGCUACGCGUUGGAAGAAAUGCGAUACACGCGUGCGAAAUCGUAGCACUUACUAGAUAUAUAGGAGCGACGCGAUCGUCAACGACCGCUUUCGAUCUCGAUGGACCGCGCGACGUUUUUGUAGAUUCCACAUUUAUUUAUUGCUAUUUAUACGACCGUUUGUGACGCACAAGUUUGCGAGACUUGCCAAAGGUUCAUGGCCAUAUCUACGUCCAUACAAAUGAAUAAUAAAACAAAUAAAUUAUUCGUC